AGAAAGAAGUGUCAAGAAGCGUAUGUACGGUGCACAUACAGCUAUGAAGAACGAAUCUGCCUUAUAUGCCCGUUAGUAGAAUCAGGUUCUGUCAUUUGACGCAGAAUCUAGUUGAUACGUGCAGUGACAUUCGUGCGAGAGUUUCAUUUCGCGGGGCAUUAUCGAUUAAUGCGAGAAGUUUUAGCGUUUGUCCUGCGAUCUCUCGGUGGAGGAGUUCUUUGCGCGCGGUGACGUGAGCCGUGUGCACGUAUAUAUAUAUAUAUAUAUAUACAUAUAUAUAUAUGUAUAUAUAUAUGGUACCAGAAUACCGAGAAGCAGGAAUCUCUUGCAUGCUAAUUUCGUGAAUCAUCAAUCGUCAGUCAUUGUGCGAGAGAGAUCAACCCACUGACAGUUUUGUUGACAACUGCGCAUACCAAAGGUGGACUAACGUUUCGAAACAACAGUGCACUUUGCCGUUUUCGACCAAGUGUCAGCUCGAGUCUAACAUCGCAGACAGUUCAAGAUGGAUGGUGGAUUCUCAUCCUACCAUAACGGCGGCCCUGCCAGGGAGCAAGAUUUUGGCAGGCUGUCCCAGACUAUCGGCACUUCGAUAUUGAAGGUAUCGCAGAAUGUAUCUUCUAUGCAGAAAAUGGUCAAUCAGCUGGGUAGUUCCACUGACUCUCAAGAGCUGAGAAAUCAACUACAUCAGAUACAGCAUUACACACAACAGUUAGCGAAGGACACCAGUGUUCAUCUAAGAGAUUUGGCUAUAUUAGCAAAUAACUCUGGCUCUACAAGCCCUGGAGAACAGAGGCAGCGUAAGAUGCAAAGGGAACGUCUUCAGGAUGAAUUUACAAGCGCAUUAAAUUCUUUCCAAGCUGUACAAAGGCUAGCUGCCUCUAAGGAGAAAGAAAUGGUGAGAAAGGCCAAAGCUAGCGCGGGCAUUGCUCCGUUCGGAGAAAAGAAACAAGAAACACUCAUAGAAUUGCAAGAUAGUAAAACAUAUACAAGUGACAAUACACAACCAAAGAUGAUGCAACAUCAACAGCAGGAGCAAUUGAAUUUGCGUAUGUUGGAAGAACAGGAAGCUAGCAUCAGACAGUUGGAGAGUAACAUUAGCGACAUCAAUCAGAUCUUUAAAGAUCUCGGAGCUCUGGUGUACGAUCAAGGUGAAGUGAUCGAUUCUAUAGAAGCUUCAGUGGAGAGAACCGAAGUGUCUGUUAACGAAGGUGCAUCUCAAGUGAGGCAAGCGAGUAUCUAUCAAACCAAGUUGCGUAAGAAGAAAUGCGUCAUCGUAUUGAUCGCGGCUGUUAUAUUGUCGAUUCUGAUCGGGAUCAUAGUCUGGCAGAGUUAAAUCUACACACAUACUCUACACUGUGCCCGACACACGUAGCGCUAAGAAAGACUGCUGACUGUACAGAUCGCAGAAUAUUCAGCCUGAGUAACACACACAUUCUUAGUGACGUUCCUCUCCGAUUUUAAUUAUUUUCCAGUAUCCAGAAAGUAGUAGUAUAAUGGAAAUACACGCGGAGGAAACGCGAGAAAUUGACAUCUUGAGAAAUUGAGCCAUUUCGAUUGUGAUAAUCAUUGAUGCGAGCUCUAACUUGCGAGUAAAGUUUAGUGGCACGUCUGAGACUGACUGCCACGGUCCAUUUGUACGUUUCAGUACUUAUAUAAUGUGCAUAAUAAUCCACUCACAUAAUAAGCAAGUACACGCGCGCACACUCGCGCAUAUAUACAUUUAUGAUAAAGUAGGCGAUAAAAACGCGAUUGUAUUUAAUAAAGAUAAGCUUGUAUGAAAUAUUUGUAUAUGGGUGUAAAGUACGACUGUUGUCCGGUCGCGUAGGUGAACACACGGCCGCGUGUGUGUGCUUGAAAAAAUAUUUUAAGAAUUAUCCCUAUUGCGGAAACCAACAUGAAUGUUAGAGAGAGAGAGAGAGAGAAUGUAUUGUAACAUUACACGAGAAUUAUAGGAUCCAUGUAAGUUAAUGUAUUAUAUAUAUAUAUACAUAUA